AUGGAAUCUCAACAACAGCCACAACAAUCUGCACAAGGCCCAGAAAAGGGUAAGAAGCCCGCAAAGGGCAAAGCUGGCUGGUCAACUCAAGAAAUUCUCGCUAAAAAGGCCAAAUUGCCCCUUCUAGAGGCGGUAGAGCAGUACAAAGAUGUGCGAAUACUUACAAGUCAGGCAAUUGCAAGUCUUGCCCGCCAAACCAUCCGUAUGUCGGCGCAGUGUAGUUGCCGGAAUGAGGUCACGGACGCCGCUCUGGUCACACUGGAGAGAGUCAAGACGUUACAGGAGCUCUAUCUUGCUCUGAUAGUCUGUAUGGAUGAUGUACUGGUCAAAGGGAAGAUCAUACAUCCGCCCGAAACCCAGACGGAGCCGGUGGAGAUUCAGCGCGGUAUCUUUCCCAUCUUGGAAGAUGAGAAUGAAGAGUAA